AAUCUUGCUAGGUACAAUAACUUCAUGAUGAGUACAAGAUCGCUUUGCCAACUCUAUAUAAAGGAUAUACAAACUUCAAUCUCACAAUAACUAUCUACUCUUUCUACUCUAAUUUCAAUGACUCUCAUAUCAAAUCUUGUUUUUCUAUCUUCCAUUUUCCUUUUCAACGUUAUGAACAUUCCAUUCUUGAUCACAAACGCUCAAUCCUCAUGCAACGGACCAUGCAAAACUCUCAAUGAUUGUUCUGGUCAACUCAUUUGCAUCCAUGGCAAAUGCAACGAUGACCCGGACGUUGGGACACACACAUGCAACAACCCGUCACCAUCACCACCGAGCGGUGGUGGUGGUGGCGGCGGCAACUGCCAGUCCUCCGGAACCCUACAAUGCAAAACAAAAACAUACCCUCAAUAUAGAUGCUCUCCACCAGUUUCGUCUUCUACGCAAGCAGUACUCACUUUUAACGAUUUCAGUGAAGGUGGAGAUGGAGGAGGUCCGUCUGAAUGUGAUAAUCGAUACCAUGACAACUCAGAAAGAGUGGUAGCACUUUCAACUGGUUGGUACAAGGGAGGUUCGAGAUGUGGAAAAAUGAUUAGAAUCACGGCGAGGAACGGGAAGAGUACGACGGCAAAAGUGGUGGACGAAUGUGAUUCAGUGAAUGGGUGUGAUGCUGAACACGCAGGUCAGCCGCCAUGUCAUAACAAUAUUGUGGAUGGAUCUGUGGCUGUGUGGAAUGCGUUGGGAUUGAAUACAGAUGUGGGUGUUGAGCAAGUUACUUGGUCAAUGACAUGAAUGAAAGAAACCUUAUAAAUAUAUGCAUGCAACGUGUAUGGGCUAAUUAAUAAGAAUAAGCUUAGUAUGUACACCUUGUGCUUCUGGGUAGUUUUUAAUAAACUCAUUUUGCUAUUGUGAAAAUAAAUAAACAAGAAUAAGCUUGAUUUGCAUAA